UAUUUUAUUUAUUUAUUUCUCAUUCUUGUAGUUGUGUUUCCUGUAGCUUCAUAGCAUCAAAGCUCGACUUAUUUUUGUUUUUUUCGCAGCAUGGCCAUCUACCAAACCCGAUGGUCAGCAAAGCGGUUGCGUGACAUAGGUAAUUCCAUCCAAGGGAACAAGAGAGAUGUACUAAGCAAGUCUGGCUUUGGGGAUUUGGUGCACAUAUCUCCUGUGCCUCCUCCGCCAGAAGGGCUUAUGGAUUUCGUAGUUAUGAGUAUCGACCCCAAGGAGCGUCUACUCAGGAUUAAUGAUCGCAAGGAAAUACACUUCACAAAAGACAUGGUUAAGAAGAUUUUCAAUGUCCCUUCUGGUAGCAGGCCACUAGGAUUCGGCAAGAGGGGCAAAUCAGAUUUCCGAAAUGUGUAUUUGGAUGGUGAUAGGUCUCCGAUAGCCACCACAGCAGCUGUUCUAUCAAAAGCGGAUGAUGACGAUGAGGAUACCAUUAGUAGGUCAUGGGUUUUACUCUGCUUAUCAUUGGUCCUAGCUCCCGGGACAGGAAACAUGGUGCGUCUUGAUUAUCUCCACACCUUGCGAGACAUGAGUGUUGUCCAUGAGUUAGAAUGGGAUGAGCAUAUUCUGUCCGAUGUGAUGAAGGAAGUUAAAAAGUACCAGGAUAAGAGGUCUGAAGGUAAAGGGAAAUUCCUGAUUGGUGGCUGUCUACCAAUGCUUCCGGUACAGACCAUCAUUCCCAUAACAAUUCCAUAUUCUUUUCCAGGACAGCAAACUUUUACAGGCGCUCAUGUUUCUUUUUUCUUUUUGUUUGUGUGUUUGCAGGUAAUUUACAUGGACCACCUUGACAUUCCAAGAGGAUGCAUAGUUGAUCAUACCAUCGACUACUCACUACCACGAGCUUGUUUUGUUCAUGAAAUGGACUUCACCGCUGUUGUUGCAGUCGACACACUAGAUGAUGGAUUUGGGAAGCGCCCUUUCAGCUCCAAUACACCGUAUGCAACACCCAAGUUUCUGUCAUAUGUAGAUCAGCUUACCCAAAGAUAAAUACAAGGCAGUGUCACAGAGGAUCUGCCCGAAACAAAUACCCAAGGCGGAGAUGUUGCUUCCGCAACACCCAUUAUGGAUGUGCCGGAGAGCUCGCACACACAAGCCAAUCCACAAGGGGGAGCUGAUGUGGGCUCUCAAGAACCACCUAAGGGUGGUAUGGAGGGUACUGAUGGAAGAGAAGAGACUGUGCACGAGCCACCUCUGGAUAAUAUGGGCGGUGGUGAUGAUGUGUGCGGAUCUUUGGAGGAGUGGCUACACGCAUUGCCUACAUUCUAGGAGUUAGAGCUGCCCCCACAUCUUCGUGACAUAUACAACAAGCACAAAGAGCUACAUGCUACAGAACUUAAUGCCGCGUUGAGCUCAUUUGGGAGGGCGUUGCAGGUCAUGUAUUGCAAACGCAUGGGCCUAAUGUUGUCUGAGGCAGUCGAAGCUGGAUCCAGAAGGGAUGAGGCCAAAGAUGAAGUGGCAGAUGUCACUUUCAGUGUAUCAGGAGCUCCCACAGCAGGCAUGUGCGAUGCCACCGAAUUGUUUCCGCAGCAGCCUAAGAAACCAGAUGGUGUGCAUGGGACUACAGCAACCGCUACAGCCAAUGCCACCAAAUCUUCUCCGCAGCAGCCUAAGAAACCAGAUGGCGUGCAUGGGACUACAACAACCGCUACAGCCACUGCCACUGAAUCUUCUCCGCAACAGCCUAAGCAACCAAAUGGCGUGCAUGGGACUACAACAACCGCUACAGCUACUGCCACUGAAUUGUUUCCGGAGCAGCCUAAGCA